GACAUUCGGUUCUGUGUGUUGUAACUAGUUUCAGUGACAUUUCAAAACAAACAGAAGAGACUUUUUGCAGGUUAUGUGGAUUGAUUUUUGAUAAAAAUGACGGAAUAUAUACGUAACGGUCACCAAAACGGAACUUCAGAUGAAUACGAAGAAAUCAAAGUACCCGUUCCCUGGGGACACAUAACCGGAAAGUGGUGGGGCUCUAGAGCUGUUCAACCAAUCAUCGCAAUCCACGGCUGGCAAGACAAUUCCGGGACUUUCGACAACUUGGCACCACUGCUCGUAGCUAAAGGCUUUUCGAUCUACUGCAUAGACCUACCAGGCCACGGCUUCUCUUCACACAUACCAAAAGGUCUACAGUACUACCUUUGGUACGAUGGCGUCCACUUUUUAAGAAGAGUAGUCAGAUACUUCAACUGGAAAAAUAUAACAAUCAUCGGUCACUCUCUUGGUGGGGGUAUCGCUUUCUUAUACGCCUCUAUUUACCCUAACGAGGUUUCUAAGUAUGUAUCUCUUGAUAUUUCCAGUCCUAGUGUAAGAAGCUCGCAGAAGAUGAUCGCAAUAGCAGGUUCUAGUUUGGAUAAAAUGUUCGAUUACGAAAAAAAAUCAGUCGAUCAAAUGCCUUGCUAUGAUUAUGAGAAUAUGCUUGAGCUCAUGGUACAGGCACAUACCGGAUCUGUCGACCGAGAAGGCUGUAAGAUCUUACUAAGGCGGGGUAUGACUAAGGCUCCACAUCAAGAAGGCUGUUAUUUAUUCACCAGAGAUCCAAGGUUAAAAGUAGGAGUAUUAGGAUUUAUGACGAUGGAUCUAGUUUUAAAUUUUGCUAGCCAAAUAAAGUGUGAAGUUUUAAAUAUCCGAGCUAGCCAAGGCUUAAAGGUAGAUCCACUAGAAAACUACGACAUACCUUUAGAGUAUAUAGAAAAGUAUGCUAAAAAAUUAGUGCGAGUUAAUGUUGAAGGUACCCAUCACGUACACUUAACUAACGCAGAAGUCGUAGAACCAGCCAUAACAGAAUUUCUGUUGUCAAAAUAAAGUGGAAGUAUCAUAUUUUUCAAAGAUAAUUAGGCAAUCUACUUUAAUUUACUUUGUACCAAUAUGCACAUAAUAUUUAGAUUAGAAAUAAAUAUGUGAUAUGUGAGUUCUACUUAAAGAAAAAACACGGGUGAUAUUUAGGAUUCUCUACCUAAACAUUAUUAAGUAUUCAUUCGUAUUUUUAAAAGAUCGACCUCACGCUAUGUGAAGUUAUAUGUUAUAUUUUGUGAACGGUUCUAAACUUGUGAAAUUAAAUGCUUAGUGUUUCCGGUAGAAGCUUUUGGCAGCCAAUUCGACUGAUCUUGAUAGAUCAAGAAAGUAACGAUUUUUCCAAGA